AUGAUGGCAAAUCACCUUGUAACUGAUUCUAGAAACUCCAAGAGACCAAGAGAAUUGGAGUCUCAAUCUCAAAUGCAAGAUCAUCCAGAGAUGUCCUCUCUUGGAAAAUCAGAUUCAUCUUUCUCUGAAUGUUCUGGACUAUUUUAUAAAGAUGAAUCCCUGGAGAAAGAUUUAAGUGACAUGAGCAAGGAAAUUAAUCUAAUGUUGUCUACAUAUGCAAAGAUCUUAAGUGAGAGAGCAGCAGUUGACGCAUCUUACGUUGAAGAGAUAGAUGGACUCUUUAGAGAAGCCAACACUAUUGAAAACUUCCUAAUACAAAAAAGAGAGUUCCUGAGACAGAGAUUUACAGUGAUUGCAAACACACUGCAGAGUUAA